AUGGCCCUCACUAGAUGCAGCUAUCCCUUAACAAUGGACGAAGAGACUUUGAAGACUUUCAAGCGCAGAAACGGCGGACGCAAUAAGCACGGCAGAGGUCACGUGAACUUCAUCCGCUGCUCCAACUGCGAAAAGUGUUGCCCUAUGGACAAGGCUAUCAAGAGGUUUCUUGUGAGGAAUAUAGUGGAGCAAGCUGCUGUGAGGGAUGUGCAAGAGGCGUGUGCCUUUGAUGGAUACACACUUCCGAAGCUGUAUAUUAAGGUGCAGUAUUGUGUCUCCUGCGUAAUCCACUCGAAGGUUGUCAGGGUGAGGUCUCGCACUGAUAGGAGGAACCGAGAGCCACCACAGCGCUUCAGACGCCGGGAAGAGAAACCAAAGCUAUAUGAGCACAACAUGCUAUGCUUUUGA